GUUCUUGUCAUGGCACAAGAAGAUAAGUGUCCAGCCUCUUUUAAGUGUGGGGAACUUGGCACCAUUGGCUUCCCUCUCACAACCACGCAGCACCCACACUGCGGUGUAUUGCCAAUCCAUGGCUGCAAAGAUCCAAAUGCCAACAAAACAAUUCAACUAACACAUCUUCCAACAACAAGCAGGUUCGUUGUCAAAUCCGUGAACCACAACAAUGCCACAAUAAUCGUCAGAGAUGAGACUCUACGUGAUUAUUUGCGAUCUAAAAGCUGCAAAACCUUCAGUAACAAUUAUUUUGCUCUCAGUCUCAACUCUCCUUUAGGAUCCGUACGCAUAGUGAACAAUGUAACCCUCUUCAGAUGCAACCAUUCCGUGAAUGUCAGCGUCACCAUUCCUCAUAAUAUCUAUAACUAUACAGAGUGUAAUGAGUACAGUGUCUACUAUGGGCCCCCAAUUGGGAAUCCUCAGGGCUUCAGUGCUGGCCCAUUAGCGGCUUGCUCCAAAAUUCAGUUAGCAUUAAAGGACAACUCAGAUACUUCUGACCCCUUUUCAUUUCUAUCUGAUAACAUCCUCAUCCACGUGCUUUUAUCUGACGAUUGCACAAAGUGUAUUGCUCAUACAAGAGGCCACUGUCAACUUGACAUCCAUGGAAAAUUCUAUUGCCUCAGACUCAGAGAUCGAAAUUUGCCUUGGAAGCUAGCACUUGGUAUUGGACUCCCAGGCUUCAUUAUAAUUGUCUUGCUGCUGUUUAUAUGGCUUCGGAAACCAAAAGGCGGCCCUGAUUUCCACUCAAAUCCGCAAGAAGCAGAGACAGAAAGUGACAAGGUCUACUUUGGGGUGCCUGUGUUCUCCUAUAAGGAUCUUCAAGUGGCCACAAAAUAUUUUGACAAUUCUGGAUUAAUUGGAGAUGGAGGCUUUGGAACUGUUUACUAUGGAAAACUGAGAGACGGACGUGAAGUUGCCAUCAAGCGCCUCUAUGAGCACAACUACAGGCGAGCAGAACAAUUCAUGAACGAAGUUCAGAUCCUAACCCUCGUGCGACACACAAAUCUGGUGUCUCUCUAUGGCUGCACUUCACGCCACAGCCGCGAACUCUUGCUUGUCUACGAAUAUGUUUCCAAUGGCACGCUUGCCUGUCAUAUCCAUGGCGAAUCAGCGAAGCGCAGCUUCCUACCUUGGUCUACAAGAAUCAAAAUCGCCAUAGAGACCGCUACUGCAUUGGUAUAUCUCCAUGCUUCAGAUAUCAUCCACCGUGAUGUGAAGACAAACAACAUUCUCCUUGACAAGUGUUACAGUGUUAAGGUUGCUGAUUUUGGGCUUUCAAGACUAUUCCCCAAUGAUGUAACCCAUGUUUCCACAGCACCACAAGGGACUCCGGGUUAUGUUGAUCCUGAAUAUCAUCGCUGCUACCAGCUUACUAGCAAGAGUGAUGUUUAUAGUUUCGGAGUGGUGCUAGUUGAGCUUAUAUCUUCUAAGCCUGCUGUUGACAUGAACAGGGAUAAGGAUGAGAUUAACUUGUCUGAUCUAGCCAUAAAUAAGAUUCAAAACUGCGCAUUGAGCGAGCUGGUAGAUCUUUCUCUUGGUUUUGAUUCAGACAUUGAGAUUAAGGAUAAGAUAGCUUGGGUGGCAGAGUUGGCUUUUCAAUGUUUGCAACGGGACAGAGAAUUGAGACCUUCCAUGGAAAAGGUUUUGAAGAUGCUGAUUAAAAUUGAAAGUGGGAUGGGUAGAGAUGAACAUAUGAUUGAAGUAGAUGUGCAUCCACCACCAUCAUCUCCGUCUUCGCCAGAUCUGGAUGAGAAUGAGAUUGAAGUAUUUGAAACCAUGGUACUGCCGCCUUCACCAAAAGUCCUCAUUCAUACAUGAAAAUUAGAAUAAGGAUGGAGACAAAAUUCUAUGUAUAGGAAUAUGUUUGAUUUAUGUUUAUAAUUACUUUAUAAAA